AUGGCUACUGGGGGAACAAAGGCCAUCGGCUCCGCCGCCUGGAUUGCGGCGGAGAAGGAAAAUGUUACGCGUUUACUGGAGCAGGAGAUGGAAGAAGUCGAGUAUCCAGUUCGGCACGAGAUGGACUGGCUGAACGAGCAUAUGGCCGAGAUCUUCUCGACUAAUCAAUUUAAUAUGACCGAAAUAUUCAAGACACCCGGAAAACUACGAGGCAAAACUCCUUACACUGCACGCAAGCGCAAUCCAGAUGAAACGCGUGUGCCUCUCAGCAAUUUGUUCUCAACCACGAACCAGAUCCUCAAAUCGCCUUCCAAGUUUUCAAGAUCGCCUGAGAAGCCAGCCCCUUCUCGAAUGGCAAAUGCCCCAACAGCUGAAUCAGUAGCACCGCGCAAGCUUGUUGACGACCAGCCGCAGGAACCGACCCAGACUCCAGUCGAGGAUCCAAUGGAUACAGCUUCUGAGAAGCAAAUAUCUUAUCCAGAACUCACAACUGCUGAUAUCAAAGGCAAACAACCUAUCAGAGACCUGCCGCCCAAUAAAGCUCUCAACUCAUUUUCUACGUAUAAUACCGAUUCAGGCUAUCAUGGCUUGGGCGACGACGAUGACGAACUUGUUCUACCGAGCACGCAGCCGUUGCUCGAAACCCAAGCCUCGAUUGCUACAGACUUGCAAGCUCCGUCGAUGCUGCCGCUUGACACUGGCAUGAACAGAAAAAGUCUAUCUGUGGACAGACGCACAACUGAAGGCUCUUUCGUCUCCGCCCAAGAAAAUAUUGUCUCUCGUGGACAAACCGUGGAGCCCAUGGAUGUUGAAGAAGAUCAGUCAGAUAAAGCUGACGAAGACACACCACGUCCCCUCGUCAAAUCCGUGUAUGUACCUUCAGCUUCUCCGGAAAAGCCUGAUGGCAAACCGGAGGCAUCUACAGUCAAAACAGACGUGCUUGACAAUGCUGGCGAUGUUAUGAUUGAUGACAAUUUUGACGAUAUUGGAUCCCCAUCCGAUGGGUCAACUCCAGCCCGACCUGCCAUGAGGAAAAAUAGUAGUUUUGGCUUUGCAUCAUUACCUCCCCGCGACCCGUUAAUGACCAAGAAAAGCAUGGGCGCACGAGUUUCUCGCACCAGCCAUGUUGAUAUGAUAAAGUCGACGGCACUGGGACGCCAGAGCCACUUCACUGGCCAUAUGGAAGGAUCUAAAUCAGCUAACAAUGGUGUCAUGGAAAAGGAGGAGUCGCAACAGGACAACGCAAGAGGAAAGCACUUACGGCAAAGCGAGACUGAACAAGCAUAUGAUACGUCCAUGCGACAUAACAAGUUGAAUACUCAGCGUCUUCAUGACAAAAUCAGCAUGCUUGGCAGGACCCAGGCUCCGAGAACGACGAAAGCUGCACCUCUGUCCCAGACAGCUAUACCCCACGCCAAGUACCCCGAGUUGCCGGACAUCAAAAAUACUAACACAGACACCGAGCGCAUUCCCACAUUGACUUCAACCACUCAAGAUGAUUGGAUCAAGCCGCUGUCUUCUCCGCAGAGGCCCGCAAUGACGAAGAGUCAGACUGCAGAUGUUAUGGAAAGAGCGACGGACAAGGAGACAAUCGGGAAUCUGGAAAAGGGCAAGAUGACACGCACGGAAACUUUCCAUGACCUCGCUGAUAAAGGCUCCCGCACGCCGACAAAACGUUCAAUCUUUUCCACAUUCGAUCAACAUAAAGCUGCGGCCACGCCUCCAUCUCGUCGAAUGGAGUCACCCGCUCAACCGACGUCCAAUACUAAUGCUGAAUCUACGACGCCGCUUACAUCUCCAAGGCGAAUUGAUGGCACGCCAAAGUCGCGAUUCCAGUCAAUCAUGAACUCUGCAAAGAGUCUUUUUUCGAGCAGUGCCGGUCUAUCAGCAGCGGCCAAGUUGGAGACAUUGUCAUCUCCAAGUGCUCUCCGUUCUAAGCCAAACCCUCAGUAUUUGGAAACCAGUCCAGAACGAUAUUCCCCAAGUCCAGAAAGGUUACCUGCGCGAGUCGCAAACGACUCGAAUGGCAAACAGGCUACCAAACCAAUUCAGCUCGAGGAUCCCUUCGAGGCAGAAGAUCGAAUCCGCCCAGCAGCAAAAGCGACCGGACCCAGUGCUAAUGUAGAAAAUCACCAGAAAGCGGAGUCUAAAGAACGUGAUCUUUCCGCAUCAUCUACCCGAAACAAUGCAAAGAUAGCCCAGCCGGUGCAGACUCAAGGACGAAGAGACCCUGGAACUGCAGCCGACCCAGAACCCAAAUUUCCUCUCCCACCUACUACGAUUCAUGGUCAAUCGCAGCCUGCACGGCCGAGGCCAGUCAAACCCACCCGGGAACCAGCCCAGAAACAGAAACCACAACCAGUGUCGAUCCGUCUUGGUAGCACGAUUACCCGUAUGCCGAUACCGUCUGUAGCUCCUAAUAACCAGGAGUCUAGCGCGGCACCAGCAUCUGCCCCUGCCAAGCAGCCCACUCUAGUCAAGAAAGCCAGUAAUUCUUCACUACACACGGCGUCAUCAAAUACAAGCUUGAAGAGCUCAACUUCUACCCAAUCCCAGCGCAGGAUACAAGCGGCAGCAGCAGCGGAAGCCAAGAAACAGGAGGAACGGGAGGCGGUGCUGCGAAAGGAAGAGCAGAAGAAACGUGCUGCCUUACUGAAGCAACAACAAGAAGAAGCGAGGCGUCAGGAGCGGGAACGCUCUGUUGUAGAGGAGAACAAGAAGGCAACACAACGACAACAAGCUGAGCAACGUAGACUUGAAAAUGCACGUCUGAGACAAGGAAGCCAACCGCCGAAACCAGCUAAUGACUUGGGAUCGGCAUUUCAGCAAGACAAAGCCACUCACAGGACUGAUGUGGGACCAGCACGACCGCCUUCGCGAUUGGGUUCGUCAAUGCAGGCUUUUAAUCGAUCAAUUAAUCAGCCCCCAACCAAUCCAGCAAAACCAGCAAAAAGACCCUUGGACGAUGAGCUCCAACCUCGCGGUCAAGCAUCUGUGUCACAACCCAAAAGCCAGGCAGUCGAACCGAAGAGGAGAAAAACAGAGGAUGAAUAUAACCAACAACAGUAUAGUCAAGCUGCUCCAUUGAAGCAGCAACCUAUACGCAAGGAAAAUGGAAAGCUUUCUCUUUUGGGACAUCCUUAUCCACAGGCACCUCCGCCUGCAGCACAUCAUCACACAGGCUCGAUGUAUAAGACCGGGCCCGUGCCACUAGGUACAGCAGGCCAGCCACUGAAGCAUGCGGCACCGAUGGACAUGGCGCAGUACACCAGUGGAAAGAUUCCAUUCGCGUCGAACCACACUACACAGUCCAGUACAGCACACAAGACACCCAGUCAUAAGACUCCUAAGCCUGGUCCUAGUGUUCAACGUGUACCUGCAAAGCCAUCCCCGCAGUACCCACCCAGUGAGAGUAUCCAUCUUCCUGAACCCCCGACUGACAGCGAAGACGAGGACUCUGAUGCAGACAUGAUCCCGGCGCCAAACUGGGCACAGGGUGAAGAACUACAUGCUGCACUGGCCUCCCAGGAGGCGUGGGAUGCGGAUCGGAUUUUCGGACCCGUGCCGAUUUUCCAAAUGGAAGAGGCAUUCAAGAACGACAAGAAGAUUAAGAAAUUCCGCGAGCGCACAAGCAGUGCUAACUGGGGUGGACCGGAUGGCUUGACUCAAGAAGAGAUCAACCGGGACAUGGCUGCACGUCGGGUAAUGCGUGCAAAUGGCGGGUGGUCAUUCAACUUAUCGUGA